AUGGCCGAAGUUGUAGGGCUGGUGGUCGCCGCCAACUCUUUGGCUAAGACUUGUUCGACUGUUUGGAAACUUGUGAAGCUGAUGGUUAAAAUAGGCCGAGAGGCCCCGGGAGCCGUGGAGGAGAUCAGAAGCUACCGCCUCAUGUUGAAGACAUGUUUCACCGCUGUUCAAUCUGCGCAAAUCUCCCUUGAGGCGCGCUGGUCAGACGAAGAGUCCUCUUGUACGCCCGCGAUGAAGUACUUGAGGAAAAACAAUUUACUGCGUGACAUCGAACGUCUCGCUCGAGAAAUACGACGCAAGAUGGCGGAUCUUUUUGAGAGGACCGCGGAACUCCCAAGUAGUUGGCAGUUGUGGGUCAAUUACAAAUGGCAUCGACUCAAACCGGACUUCACUGCUCUUUUACCAUUCAUGGAAACACUCAAGUCGGACCUGGUAUUGGCCCAGAGUACCUUGAAGCUUGAGUCGCUCUAUACAAGACAGUCUAAGGAACAAAAAUCUCCAACAGGGGAGAUGACGUUCAUCAUGGCAGAAAUGUAUGUAUCACCUACCCAUCUCUUCCAAGGGAGUUACAUAGCAAGGAAGCUGAGCGAUGAUAGCAAAGAAAUAAAACAUGAUAUGGCUCGGUUUGUCGAUAUGCUCUAUGACCUCCAAUAUCAACGCCACAUCAGUAUUGAACGAAAAAGCGGGACAGUUGACCAGAACUCGGUCCUGGCAUAUCUCGCAGAUUCAAUGAUCAAAACGGGUGUAGUACCCGCGUCCCCUCCGCCACGAGACUACAAGAUUCCCAAGCAACCGGACCUCAAUCUUCGCCGCCGGUCACGACGGCGGCGACACUCUACUCGUGAUCAAUAUCGUUACCGAUACGGAGAGAUAUCGCCACCCUCAUCGCAGCCAUCGACACUACUUUCCUCAGAGCCAGCAAUGCUACCCUCGUCGGAGCCAACAACUCCAAGCUCAACCGGCCCUGGGGAGAUAUCCCCUUGGAGACAAGUGCCACCUCGGCUGAACUCUUCACCAUCCCGCAGCAGAUCUUCACCAAUCUCAGCGAGUAAAGAAGUAUGUCAUCCCCUCAAAUACGUCGCUUUUGCCAGGCCAGACUCAGUAACGCGACGGCGGAAGGACUACAGCUCCAGCGUUAACAAUGACCUGGCUCCUCGAAUGAACGUGAAAUCCAGCACGUUACUGCCAGUGGAACAGAAGAACAAGAUAACCACAAUGCAUGGGAAGUACAAGAUAAAAGCAGUGGAAGAGAAUCCCACGCCACCAUCAGUAGAGGAGAAACCCAAAACAAUAGCAGCAGAAGAGAAACCGAAAACCGUACCCUGCUCCUCAGGCUCCACCCCGACAAGGCUACAAUUCGAACUGGAUUCCCCCCACACCCGAAUCCUCGCCUCUCGCCACCGCGCCAACAAGCCUAUCUCUGGUCACAUUGGCAGCCACACCAAAGCAUACUGGCCCCAGGAUGCACACCUCCACCCGGCUGGCAACGUGAACAUCAUCUCUGCUGACACAGCAAUGAAGUUGGGUUGGGAACCGCCUGUUAGUGAGAUUAGUAGGACGCUGUACACCUCCUAUGGAAAGAAUGGACGGACAGAGGUGUAUGGGACUAUUGCGAUGGAAUUCGUGAUCCCUGGGAUGGUGGAGCUUCGGGAUAGUUUUGAUUUUACGGUGUGCGGGGGGCUUUUGGAAGGGUAUGAGGUAGUUUUGGGGAUGGAUGUGCAGCAGUGGUUGAUGCGGAGGGGGGAGGAACAAGAGGUGGGGAUGAGGGUGAAGGGGGUGAGGGAUGAGGAUAGGGAUGUGAGUAAGACGGUCUCGGACGGGGAAGGGAAAAGACACAGAGGUUCAAGGAUAAGGGGUCAGGGGUAG